GCAUUAUAUAUAAGGCGGUGUUACAUGGAGGAAUUGUCAGAGUGGACAGGACACAGACACGGACUGGGAUCUCUACAACUUUCUUGAACUUUCUUAUUCACUAGGGUUUGGCCUAGUUUUACCAGCAGCAUUUUUAGUUCUACUUGCUUAAAAUUUAGGCUGGGCUUUCAAAAUGAGCACAAAGUUGUGGAUGCUGCAGGUCCUGUAUGUUUGUAUGUGUGUGUAUGCUGUUCAAGCGAGGAUCUGGGCCUGGAUGCUGUCUAUACCCUAUAGCCCACCUGAGGAUGGACCAGUGGGGCUUAGAGACAGAGAAACGGAGAUGCCCCCAAACAGCCCUAAAGGGGACAUGGUAGCUUGUGAGCAGGACCGUGCAUGUGGUAAGGGCUUCUCCUGUGACCGCCAUUUUGGCCUAUGUGUCCCCCUUAGGCAAGAAGGGCAAUACUGCAGGCGGGACGCUCAAUGUGUGCGAGGGCUCAGCUGCAUGUUUGGCAGGUGCAUCAGAAGCAUUCCAGAUGGGCAGGAAGGGGCUCGGUGUAAACUUGACAGAGACUGUGGUGCAUCUAUGUGCUGUGCCCGUCAUCAUGGUGAAAGAGUGUGCAAGCGUCGGCUGGUAUUGGGCGAGAGCUGCUUUGUGCCUGAUGGUGGACUGGCAUUCAGCAUCAACCAGAUCUGUCCAUGUGAUGAGGGUCUGUUGUGCCGUGGCCAUGGAGAACCACUUAAAAGAGCGAGAGAAUUUGUAUACCAACCAGAGUCCACCAGUUGGACCUGCCAGGCACCCAAACCAUGAAAAUCUCAAAUCUGUGUAAUUUAUUAAGCUAUAGUGCUGUGUAAAUAUAUAUGAAGUGUCUGUAAAAG